ACUGGAUGCUGAAAAAGAACGUCAUCUACCUUUUUACAUUUAGCUUUAGCAAAAAUUAGCUAGGUGUUCAAUUAUAGAUAAGUCCUGCCGAACCAAGCGUAUUUUCUUUUGAACCGACAGCCUAAGUAAGAGCGAUAUAUUUGGCGCUCCCUGGUUUUACAGUGCCAAACAUGUAUGUAAAAGCCUUACGUCGAUGCAGAGACAUGUUGAAAGGAGAACUGGUCGUGUGAAACGCUGGCUAGCUUACUGAAAGCUAACUGACGAACAGGGGCCGAGAAGCGAAAGUGGCUAAUAUUAAGGACUGCUAAGCCUAUCACAACAAGGCUGGGUGUCUUAGCAUAUCUACCGUGAUCACGAGAAGAGGGGCUGAUAGAGGGAGAGUGAGAGUGAGAGAGAUUCCUUUCAUACGCACUAGCAGUGGGUCUCUCAGGGCAGAGCCAUGGGUGCGUUCCUGGACAAGCCCAAAACGGAGAAGUACAACUCACAUGGCGAGGGCAAUGGCCUGCGCUAUGGGCUAAGCUCCAUGCAGGGCUGGCGGGUGGAGAUGGAGGAUGCUCAUACAGCUGUGUUGGGGCUUCCAGCCCCUGGUAUGACUGACUGGUCCUUUUUUGCUGUGUACGAUGGCCACGCAGGCUCUAAAGUUGCCAAUUACUGCUCCAAGCAUCUUCUUGAGCACAUAAUCACCGCUAGCUUAGGGGCUGGAAACACACAAGGCUCUCAGUCUGGAUCAGAUGGCUCCAACGCUCCAGCACCAGUUCCGCCUGCAGUGGAGGCUGUGAAAACCGGCAUCCGGACAGGCUUCCUGAAAAUAGAUGAGCACAUGCGCAGCUUCUCCGACCUUCGAAAUGGCAUGGACCGCAGUGGCUCUACAGCAGUGGGAAUUCUUCUGUCACCUGAUCAUUUCUUCUUCAUUAACUGUGGGGAUUCUCGAGCAGUUCUCUACCGCAAUGCACAGGUGUGCUUCUCCACACUUGACCACAAGCCUUGCAACCCACGUGAGAGAGAGCGCAUCCAGAAUGCUGGCGGUUCAGUGAUGAUUCAAAGGGUUAAUGGGUCACUGGCUGUAUCAAGGGCCUUGGGGGACUAUGAUUACAAGUGUGUGGAUGGUAAGGGUCCCACAGAGCAGCUGGUUAGCCCUGAACCAGAGGUGUUUGUGAUGGUUCGUGCCCCGGAACAGGAUCAGUUUGUGAUUUUGGCGUGUGAUGGAAUCUGGGACGUUAUGUCCAAUGAGGAGUUGUGCGAGUUUGUGAAAUCGAGGCUUGAGAUCUGUGAUGAUCUGGAGAAAGUCUGCAAUGAAGUGGUGGAUACCUGUCUGCACAAGGGGAGUCGGGAUAACAUGAGUGUUGUGUUAGUGUGUUUGCCCAACGCUCCCAAAGUAUCGGAGGAAGCUGUGAGGAAAGACACUGAGCUCAACAGUUACCUGGAGUCUCGAGUUGAAGAGAUGCUGUCUCGGCCAGGGGAGGAGGGGUUUCCGGAUCUGGUAACAGUGAUGAGAAACCUGUCCACUGACAGCGGCAUGCCCCCUCUGCCACCAGGGGGUGGUCUUGCCAGCAAACGCAGUGUUAUUGAAGCAGUAUACAACCGUCUGAACCCAUACAGGGAGGAGGAUGGAAGUGGAGCGGAAUUGGAGUACCACUGGUAGCUGUCCAGUGCAACUGCCUGAUCGAAAAUACAGGACCACUAUACCACAUGAGAUUACAUUCAUUGUCACCUUUUAAUUUUUUCUGUAAUUCUUUUUUUUCCCACACUGAGAAUAACUGAAGCUGAAAUCUUGGUUUUAAAAACACCUAAUGUGGAGGACUGCAAAACUGUUUUUCUCUCUUUUUUUUUUUUUCUUUUUUUUUUAAUAGAAAAAAAAUGGAGGGGGGAGGGGGGGGACACUGCGUUCAUGUUCUGACUCAAGAACUGAAUCUACAAUAUAAACAGAGCGAGGAGGAGAGGCCAACAAGCACAGUUUCUCUUGCCCCUUGUGUGUUUGUUUGUUUGUUUGUUUGUUUUUUUUUGUUUUUUUGUGGAUUUGCAGAGACAGGACACAGGUCUGAAUCUUUUAGGGUUCUGUGGUGCCUUGCUUAGACCAGAGAGAGAGAGAGAGAAGGGAGGACCUCACAACUCGCCAGCCAGCCACGACCAAAACCAACCACUAGUGGAUUCAUUGUAAACACUGAGAAGGCUUAAAGUGGUUUGUGGCAUUAUUUCUUUGGAAGUGUGAACUUUUUCUUGCAUCUGACGGGGAGUUGAUCGACCACACAAGCCUGCAACUCAACUACACACCUUAAGCUACACUGUCCAGUUCAGGAUCUGGGCAUUACUGGUACACAAACAGGGGCCAACACUUCACUUACCAAUGGACAUGGCUCACUGGAGAUCACCUUACAGAACUCACAGAAAUGUAAUAAAAAUAACUAAAUGAAUCACUAUCCAAAGACCUUGAGGUUAAAGCCUCAAAUUCAGGGUCUGAAAGCCUGAGAAUCCACACCUGACCAUAAGGGGAGCACUUAUGUGAGAGACUUUUUGGCACCAAAUCCCAGUUUGGCUCCUGGAUAUUAUGUCCAGACUUAAAUGGGACGUGGACUGGUUUGCCCAGCUGCAAAUACAUUAAACUUGAGCGUGAUAGCGACUCUUCUUGCACGUCUGCUUACUUUCUGUCUGCUCAUCUCUUUCAGGAUAUUGUCACUUGAUUUGUCACUCUUCCCUUCUGUCUGCCUUAUUUUUAAAAAAAAUUUUUGUUUUAACUUCAGUUUCUCUGCCUCUUCAUAGGGCAGAAGAGACUCGGCUCUCAUUUUGCAUUUGCAGACAAUGCCAGAAUCAUAAGCUUUUGAGCCUGCUGUUGUUGAAGAUAUUAUAGAAAGAUAGAAACUGUAUAUGAAAUUCAUAAAUAUAAAAAAUAUAUAUAGAGAGAUAUCUAUAUAGACAGAAAUAUUUUGAUUUGUUUGUUGUCACUUAAAUUCCCAGCCAUGGUAUUCAUUGCGGCCUAAUGUCGAAAAAAAAAAAAAAAAAGAAGGGGGGGAAACACCUCCCCACCCAAUAAAAAACCCCAUGAUGCUGCACACACCGUUCCCACACAGCAGCGUUCCAAAGACAGGGUUUGGGGUAAAGGAAUUCCAACCGCCCCCUCAUCCUUAACACAUGCGCACACACAAUCCUGCUCAUGCUACAGCUUGCCUUUUUCUAUCUCUCUGAUAUCCUGUGUGUGUAUAUAUAUUAAAAAAAGAAGAAAAAACAAAAAAUACCUUUUUUUUUUUGGUUUAGAUUGUAAACAUUUAUUACCUUAAAUAUAUGCUUUUUUUUGGUAUACUUUUUUUUUAAUUACUAUUGCUGUGGUCCUGUUACAAAUGGAUAAAGAAAACAACAAGAGGAACCUGAAACAUACCUUUUACAACAUAUUGGGAGACUUGGGUUUUGGCUAUUCACUGUAUGAAGUCAAAGGAGGGACACUGUAGGCAGAGGAGAAGGGGUUCUACACUGAGAGUUAAAUUCACAGUCACUGAAUUGGUGUCCUUUUUCUUUUUUCCCCUCUUUUCCCACAACCACCUUCAUUGACUUUACCUUGAAGGCACAGGACAGUUGCUGAUUUAGGUUGGAUUUGGGUUUACCAGGAGUCUUUUGUGUUAACCUAAGCACUAAAAAAGUGAUGGAAGCUUUAGAAAUGGAUAUUUGUCAGGAAAAAACUCAAGUCUUUUACAGUGUGCACACACAUGCAUUGUCUAUGUGUGUGUGUAGUAUUUAGAUGGGGUUAAAAUAUGCUAUAAAUACAGAAUCAUUUAAUGGCAUGUAAUGUGCUUUCUGAAGUGGCAGUAUUGGAAGAGAAUACACCUGACAGAGAUUGCUGGCUGGUUAAUGUUAUUGUGGUACACUUGCUCUUGGUGCCAUAUGACAAAUAGGUACUUGAAUGUGUAGUUCUUUUGCAGUUACAGUUGUUUUAUUGCAAUGAUAUAACUUUUCUUUGUGGUGGAGGGAGUGGGAGGGGUGGUAUCUCCUAUUGGUGCAUGUUUUGUGAUUGAGGAAGGAGUGUAAUUUGCGUGUGAUAUGCACUGGGUGGGCGGGUGGGUGAUAAUGUGGACAAUGUUCAGUGUGGUGAAACACAAUGUUGGAGAGGAAAGGCAGUGAUAGAGGAACAACCUGUAGAUGAACUGGAGCACAAAUGAGGAUAUUAAUUCACUUUUAGGGACUUAACGUACAAAUUAGAUUUCCCUUACUUUAAAACCCUAAACCACAUGUUUCCCACCAUUCCCAUUGUGGACAUUGUCAUAUCUCAUAUUCGCAUACUUUUUAACAUUGUGCAAGCUUUUACCACACUGAACACGGUCUUCAGUUUAGGUUUUUGUUUAAGCUAUAUCAGACACUGGGCUUGGAGAGAAUUUAAGGGAGGGAAGGACAGAGACAUUUAUUUUUCUGAAUGUAAUUCUUCAUUACUCACACUGAUUCCACUGCAUGGACUGAAUACAAGCAGCACUGCAGCAUCACAUUCUCUCCUCAUCGGUCAUUUAAUGGCAGAACAAGCUACCUUGGCUUCCUUUGUUUAAAAAAAAAAAAAAAAAAAGUAUAUACUUGAUCAUUAUUCUGAUUGUGGAAUAUAAUGUCAGAACUUAUGUGGGAAGACAUAAGAUAAAGGAGACUUUGAAAGUUUGGCAAUGCCUGGAUAAUUUGACCCUGACUUGUUGCUAUGAUUUAACGUUCUGUUGAGUAAAGAGAAUUUUACAAGCA